CCUCUUUUAUACUUCAACCGAAAACACCCUCACCGGAAUUGUUGGUUGAAGCACCUUUUUUAAAGGGGGACUGGGGAUUGUCGGUGAUUUUUGCUCGAUAAUCGGCAGCAAGAGCUCCAGAGCCUUCCUUUAGCAAUCGAACCAUUCCAUAUCUCGGCGGUUACUGCGCUCGGCUUGGCUGGUCACAGCGGGGGCCAACUUUAUCGCUUGAAUUUUUGUUGCUUUUCUUUUUCUGCAUUGGCUUAACAUCUGGAGCCCAGUUCAGUUGAUCGAGGAAUUCUUGAGGAUCAUACCGGCCAAAUUUGUGCAGAGCGACAAGAAUAGUUGUUUAACGGUUCGAUCGAGUCGCAAUUAGGGUAUGACUACGGCAGCACCAGACAGUCUUUACCUCUCCCCGGAUCAGCAGGACCUCCUGCUCGCCGCACUUACGUCUAAUUCUUCUUCUUCCCCAAUGUUCAACACACCUUCUCUGUCCCAUCAUCUCUCCCAAUCUAUAUCCUCGAAUCGUCGCUCACUGCCACCACAAUCACACGACACCCCGGACUCGGUGGGUUCGCUAUAUGGGAAUGGGACUCCGCCUCCAACUGCGGCCUUAACCGGCAGUUUCUCAGAUGGCACACCGUUGAUGGGGGAAUUAGAUUAUCAAGAUUGGGGUGAGGAUUUGGAUGUUGAUAAUUGGGACUAUGACCUAGGGCUUCCAGCUGGCGAUGCGGAUAACAAUAUGGAUAGUCAUGCUGGGACUCCAGCCUCGGCGUCAAAUAGUGGUGGUGAAAGGGAUGGUGAAAAAAGAAAAAAUCCACCUGAGGCUGAAGAUGGGAGCCCAAGUGCUGACCCACAUGACGCUGAACCAAAAAGGAGAGAUGACAAGACAGCAAAGAAGCCAGGUCGUAAGCCGCUGACGUCAGAGCCGACUUCGAAGCGCAAAGCGCAAAAUAGAGCAGCUCAGCGGGCCUUCAGGGAGCGCAAGGAAAAACACCUCAAGGACCUUGAGCAAAAGGUAGCAGAUUUAGAGAAGGCGUCAGAAUCGGCCAACCAUGAAAACAGCCGCUUGCGUGGGCAGGUAGAAAGGUUGCAGAUCGAGCUUAAGGAAUACCGGCGACGAUUACAUACCGUGGGACAAAGUGGAUCACCACUGCUUGGUGGUGCAUCGAAGUUUCUUAGUAAAAAUAGUGUUGGCACUGGUGGUUUCCAGUUUGAAUUCCCAAUGUUUGGUAAUGGCCUCUUCAUUCGAAAUAGCGAAAACAAUUCGGGGUUGAAGUCGGGCGCACUGCUCGACCGAUUGAAUGCCGCUGGAGGGACGUUGGCUGCGUCCGAAGAGCUUAAGAAGUCAAUUACCAAUACAAAUAAUGUCUUUAACCAGAACCAGAAUAAUGAUUUAUCGUCAAGUUUGCAAAAUACCCCUCGCCUGAACGGUGGCCAGAACUAUGCUUCUUCUCCAUCCGCAUCAUCAGUAUCGCAGCAUGGUCCCGGCUCAUCGACUGGAACGAGCCCUGAGCCAACGAACGGUACGGUUGAAGGGACAAUCACCACAUCACAUAACGGCGACAAAUACAUUUGUAAGAGUGGGUCGUUAGACGGCGAGACAGAAACAACAUUCUGUGAGAAAUUGAGUAUGGCCUGUGGAAACCCACAUAACCCAAUUCCAAAAGCGGCCCAACUGAAUAGCUCCUCCUCCUCCUCAUCAGCCACCACAACCACGAACACCAACAACAAUACCUCCUCAAACACAUCACUCGGCUGGCUGACGCAGCAAAACGGUGGUAACUUCGACCCAGUCCUCUUCAGCGACUACCGCGAUCCUGUAAACGACAUAAACAGUGGAAUCAACAUGUCCUUCUUUGAUGACGCCUUUGCAAUACCCCACACAUUCAACACGGAUCUCGGCUCACCCUUAAACCUCGCGCAAACACCUAAGAAGUUGGAUCUCCUGGCAGAAAUCGACCAGAUCAACGACGCAGACCUAGAUGAGGACGAAGAGGAAGUCGUGCCGGCAGACGACCCCAAGCAAAUGCUCUCUUGCAAUAAAAUAUGGGAUCGCAUAAGUAAUCACCCAAGGUUUGCGAGUGGGGAGUUGGACAUGGACGGACUCUGCUCCGAGCUUAGGAGUAAGGCGAAGUGCUCGGAGACGGGCGUGGUGGUUGCUGAGACGGAUGUGCAGGAGGUAUUGACGAAGGUUGGGGUUGCGCAUAAGGAUAUUUUGGGGUGAUCGUAUUGAUUAGUUUUGCGCAUGCUGGGCGGGGUUUUUGUUUUUGUUUUUUUUAUAUGAUGUGAUAUGGUAGUUUUUUUUUUUUCACUCCCCCCGCCCUCUACUUCUUUGGUUUUACAUGUUCUUUUCUCCCCACAACCAGUGCGUGGGAUUCACAAAUGAAGAUGCUUUUUUGCCCUUUUUUUUUGGUUGCUGUUCUCUGAUUUACUGCCUGUUUCUUGUCUUCUGGGCCGAUUGCCAGAUAGGUGAGUCGGGGAUUGCCCAAGCACAGAGGAACAUGGUAGCGUAAUAGGAAUGGAUCAAGGCUGUUGAGCAGCGGUCGAUCCUAGUUAACUGGCUAACCAGCAGAUAAGCAGCUCAUGGAAUUUCGUUUCCCUUUUCUCUUAUAGUUUUCUUCUCCCCUCUCUUACCUUUACUCACCUGGCUCACAGGUUGCGUUCCUUAUAUAAACCUUCAUAAUGUAUCAUUACCUUCUUCAUAUCUUUUUCCUUGCCGUAUUCCGCGCACUAUUCCUGUACUACACAGGCUUCUAUUUUCCUCACCACUCGUGCGUUGACUUGCUCGCGCUCCAUUUCUCUCUUUCAUUAACAAAAACGGAUUCUCUUUGGGCCCUAUGUCUUAUUCUCCCUCUCCCGGUAAGUUUCAUUACCUUACCACCAUUCAUCCAUUUCAUAUCCCACGCCGAAGCACCUGUACCGCAUGUUUUCUUUCUUUCUUUCUCCCUCCCAAUCUUUUACUCGACAUCCGUGGGCACAAUGUGGUCGGCCACUGUACCGUUUAUACUGGUAAUUUUUGAACAUAGCCCAUCAUCGCAA